UCAUAAACGCGCUCCCACCACCGACCGUAGCAGAUAAUCACAGGCCACUGAGAGAGGGACACACCUUCCGCUGAUUUUGCCACAGUUUACACGGGGAUGCGUUUCGAUUCACGAAAAGGUGUCAUCAGUCCAAGAUUUGAGUCGUGUUUUCAGCUCGCAGUUUCGCAGUUUUGCGAUUUUUGCGCAUAGGUUUAUACGAGGCUGCUCCGCUCCAACUCGAAGAUGACUGGGGUUUUUGAGAACUUAAAUACUGAUAUGCAUUCGAACCAGAUUACCUCAAGCAAUUACCACAGCUUGCACAAAUCGCAGGAGUCUCCGACUCUGCCGGUGUCCACGGCGACGGACAGCAGCUAUUACAACAGCCAACAGCCUGGCCACUGCGCAGGGUCUCCCUUUGGCCAACUCGGCUCUUACCAGUACCACGGCAACGCCACGAGUACUGUGCCAUAUAACGCAAAGUCAUACGACCUUGGUUUCAACUCAUCUUAUGGUUCAUACAGCUCUUACGGCUCCAACUCCUCUCCUACUCCAGCCGAUACAGAGAAAGAAGAGAGCGAGCCAGAAAUCCGGAUGGUUAAUGGAAAACCAAAGAAGGUCAGGAAACCUCGAACCAUUUAUUCCAGCUUCCAACUGGCUGCACUUCAACGGAGGUUUCAAAAGACGCAGUAUUUGGCUCUACCAGAGCGGGCCGAGCUGGCAGCCUCGCUGGGCCUUACGCAAACACAGGUCAAAAUCUGGUUCCAAAACCGCCGCUCCAAGUUCAAGAAGUUGUGGAAAAGUGGAGAAAUCCCCCCAGAGCAACAUGUUGCUUCUAGUGAAUCUCCCCCCUGCACGUCUCCGCCAACUACUGCCUGGGACUUUCCACAGACUCAAAGAAUGAACAGUGUCAACUCCAGUUUACCUCAGAGCAGCAGCCCUCCCAACACGACUGCGCCUUCAUCGUUUUUGGCAAACUACUCCUGGUACUCAACCACGAACUCUACGACGCAUCUGCAGCCUCCUCUGAUCCAGCACCACCACAACUCCGCCAUAAGCGCUGGGACGAUAUUCUGAAACAAACAAUAACAAUAAAAGCAUCGGGUUUAAAUCGGACAAUACUGGUGAAAAAAAAAGAAAAAUGCCAAUACCUUCAUUUUACAGACCUCGUGUGUGCGCCAUGCGAACCAAACACGCAGGCACCAGAAGUUAAUGGAGCCAGACAGGCUCAUGGACCUUGCCAGUCUUCGCACUGGUAAAUGGUAGACACAGAUUUCUACAGUUAUUUUUGUAUUUAUUUAUUUUGUUUAUGUCGAGGGAUGAAUGAACCACUAUUACCCAAAGCAAUCACAGCCUGGGCGCAAGCCUGCUUUUACGCGGACGUCACUUUUUUGCCAUUUCUGCAAAAACAAAACAUCCAUCGCAGGACAACCUGUCACAAAUCAAAUGUAGCACAAGUUAUUAACUGUAUCGUGCCUUUUUCAAUAUGACCUCAUUUUGUUGUGCGAUAAAACAGCGUACCUUUAUCCAUUCCUUAUGUCAUUAGUUGAUUUGAAUAUAGGCCUACAGGGGGGUAAGUGUCUGAAUCCACGUUUGUAAAUAUUUUACCACAGCUUUUUGAUAGCCCAUGUCGCGUUGACUCUUUUUUUUGUUUUAGGCUACUGGUGCAAAUCCAUUAUCCACCGUAAGCUACUGAUUGCCCUCUGAUUUACUUGUAUCACACUUAAUUGUAUUUUUUGUCUUAUUUAUUUUAGCAAUGUUCCACAUAUAUGGCCAGACGUUAUUUAAAUAAAAAUGUUUUC